UCUUAAUGCCGAUGCGGUCAAGCUGCAAGAUACGAAUACUUAUCAUGCUCCCAGGCAUGCAACUCAUGCAAGGGCGGGCUGUUUGAGUGCAAAAGCAUCACGAGUGGCACUGCACAGCGAAUGUAAUGGGCCAUUUUAUCUGCGGUGUCACAUCAAGAUUGUUACCUCCUAUUCAGCCCUGCAAGGGUUAGCCCAGUACGGCGACUUUAUUCAGCUCAAGGGGAAGGGAGGGGGGUGGCAACCGAAAAGGUCAUGGAGUUCCUAAAAUGAACCGAGCCAGAGAGCUGAAUAUUCUUCGCAUCCAAGAAGAGCGGCUCAUCGCAGGCACAUUAGCAAUGAGAGAACCCCAGAAGAAGACAAUUCAAGAUGCCUCAGAAGACAAAACUACGCACGAGCAGGUCGCAGAUAGGGAUUCUGACGAUGACCGGCUUGACAUCUUAGGCUACAAGCAGGAGCUCCGUCGCAACCGUUCCUUGACCACACUGCUCUUUCAAACACUUGCUAUGACCGCCGUUCCGUAUGGCGAGGGAGGUCCGCUCAUGGGGGCUAUCUACGGCGGCGGCCCAAUGUCGAUUUUUGUUGGCUGGAUUGUCGUCUGCGUUCUAUACCAGUGUGUAGCGAUGAGUUUGGGGGAGCUCGUCUCGCGAUAUCCUACCUCGGCCGGACCCUACUACUGGUCGCACCAGCUAGCACAGGAUCACAAGGCCCUCUUAUCUUUCCUCACGGGCUGGGUGUGGUUCAUCGGUAACUGGACAGCCAUCCUCUCCAUGAAUUUUGGCUUUGCUUCCAUGCUCUCGGCCUCGAUCUCCAUGUUUCAGCCUGGGUGGGAACCGAACAGCUGGGAACUUUUGCUGAUCUUUUACGCCGUCUGCAUCGGCACUUUUCUGAUCUGCACCUUUGGCAAUCGCUUCCUGCCUCACGUUGACCUCCUAUGUACCGUAUUCACAGCCGUCACCAUCGUUGUUGUGCUCAUCGCCUUGUCAACCACUGCUUCCACCGGCCGCCAUACGGCCGCCUAUGCCCUAGGCCACUACGACACGCAAUUCUCCGGCUGGGGUGGCUUUACCUUUUUCAUCGGCCUCCUCCCGGCGGCGUACACCUUCUGUGGGAUCGGAAUGAUCACCUCCAUGACCGAGGAAUGCGUGUCUCCAGCGCGCGCGGUUCCACAAGUCAUCAGUCUCACCAUCCCCGUCCUCGGGCCCGCGGGCCUCCUUUUCAUCCUACCCAUCUGCUUCACCUUGCCCCCUAUGGAAGAGAUCCUCACGGCUCCCGCCGGCCAAGCCCUACCGUACAUCUUCCACCGCGUGAUGGGCACGCCCGAGGGUGGCAUGGCUCUCAUCAUUCUGUUACUAGUCCUCAUCCUCUUCGGUUCAAUCAGCUCGACCGUCGCCGCCUCGCGAGCCACCUACGCCUUUGCACGCGACAACGCCCUCCCAUUCUCCGGCUUCUGGUCUCAGGUCCAGAACCCGUACGCCGUCUUCUCCUCCUUCUUCUCCUCAUCCUCAACAACUACCUCAGCCCAGCACGACGAAAGCACCACCACACCCGACACCGUGCCCUUCAACGCCCUCCUCGGCAGCACCAUCCUGCAAAUGCUGUUAGGGUUGAUCAACCUCGGCAGCACCAGCACCUUCACCGCCUUCGUCUCCGUCAGCACCAACGCCCUCUCCGUCGCUUAUGCCAUCCCCAUCGCGUUAAGUCUGCUGCACCGCCGCCGCGAAGUGUCCCGCGCCCCGUGGACCUGCGGACCGGUUUGGGGCCCGCUCAUCAACGUGGUCUCUCUGGCGUGGAUUGGGCUCGGACUGGUGCUGUUCAGUCUCCCCACGGCGCUGCCGGUCUCGCCCGCCUCAAUGAACUAUGCGGCUGUCGUACUCGUGGGGCUGUGGGGACUGGCGGCGGUGUGGUUUGGGAUUCAUGGAAGGAAAGUGUAUAAAGGUCCUCCGUUGGAAGGGGGUGAUUUCGAGUUGAGGAGGGUUUGACUAGAUCUUGGUCUUGGAGGAAGACAACAACAGAGAGGGUGGCUCGGCCUAGCCAGGGGUUGGAUACACCUGGCAACGGAUUGACUGGGGAGAGAGGUAAUAGACCGAUAGCAAAUUGUCGGGUUGAACGAAAAACGGAGUUUGGGGGACCCGCUUACUUUCUGAGGUUUGAAAUGCUGCAGUCGGCAUAGUUGGGUUUAAAUAUGGAAGUCAAACCAAU